CUGCUGACUGCCCCCGCCUAUCACGUCCGUGGACCUCUAUUCUAAGUAACUAGUGUAUAUAAAUAGCUAGCUACCUGCUCAUUCAUAUUAAUCACACACAAGGCUAGCUCCAAUUUGCCCUUUCACUAAAAGGGGCUCUGCAUAUUUUACUGUUGUUAUAUUUCUGUCGUAGCCAAAACCAAAAGCUGCCGGAAAAUCCAGAGGAUGAUGCCACCAAUUUUGAAGCUGCUACUAUGGUGCUGCUUGUGUUUGUGUGGUGUACUAACAACAACGUAUGCUCGUCCUCAGCCUCGAAAUCUGAUCGUUGAUUCAAAUUCCACUUCCAACGACGAGUUCAUCCGCAGAAGCCUCUUGAGCAAUGGCCUCGGCCGAACUCCUCAAAUGGGAUGGAGCAGCUGGAAUCAUUUUGGUUGUAAUAUUGAGGAGAAAAUGAUAAGGGAAACAGCUGAUGCAAUGGUCUCUACUGGACUUGCUUCUCUUGGUUAUGAAUACAUCAACAUAGAUGACUGUUGGGCCGAACUCAACAGAGACUCUCAGGGAAAUAUGGUUCCUAAAGGUUCUACUUUUCCUUCUGGGAUUAAAGCACUAGCAGAUUAUGUUCAUGGCAAAGGAUUGAAGCUCGGAAUUUAUUCUGAUGCUGGGAGUCAGACGUGUAGUAAUCAAAUGCCAGGUUCAUUAGGACACGAAGAACAAGAUGCAAAAACUUUUGCUUCCUGGGGGGUUGAUUACUUGAAGUAUGAUAAUUGUAACAACGAGAAUCGAAGUCCAAGGGAAAGGUAUCCUACAAUGAGCAAAGCUUUACAGAACUCUGGAAGGGCUAUAUUUUAUUCUCUAUGUGAAUGGGGAGAUGAUGAUCCUGCCACUUGGGCUUCCUCUGUUGGAAAUAGUUGGAGAACUACUGGAGAUAUUUCUGAUAAUUGGGACAGCAUGACUUCUCGGGCAGAUAUGAAUGACAAAUGGGCAUCUUAUGCUGGUCCAGGUGGCUGGAACGAUCCAGACAUGUUGGAAGUUGGAAAUGGAGGAAUGACCACUGCAGAAUAUCGUUCCCAUUUCAGCAUAUGGGCAUUAGCAAAAGCGCCUUUAAUAAUAGGUUGUGAUUUGCGUUCGAUUGACCAAACUACCCAUGAAAUCCUAAGCAACAAAGAGGUUAUUGCAGUUAAUCAAGAUAAACUUGGAGUUCAAGGUAAAAAAGUUAAGCAGAAUGGAGAUUUGGAGGUUUGGGCAGGACCUUUAAGUGGCAAAAGGGUAGCAGUGGUGCUAUGGAAUAGAAGUUCAUCCAAAGCUGAUAUCACUGCUUAUUGGUCUGAUAUAGGCCUUGAUUCUUCCACUCUUGUUGAUGCACGAGACUUGUGGGCUCAUUCAACAAAAGGAUCAGUUAAAGGACAAAUAUCAGCUAGCAUUGAUUCACAUGAUUGCAGGAUGUAUGUUCUCACUCCUAAAAAAUAAGUUCAACAAAUGGAGGCAUAUAUACCUAGCUCAUUUUAUUAGAAGAAGAAAAAUAAGUUAUGGAAUUUUCAUUUUAUAGUUGGCAACUAGCACGAAAAUCAAUAUUAAGCUAUUAUGGAGUUGUUUUCUUUAUGUAGUGAACUUAGUGCAUGUUGUUUUCUUUCUCUCUAUUUAAUUUACUUUAUGUUUAUCAUUUUAUUA